CACGACUGAAGCAACUUAGCAGCAGCGGCAGCAGGCAGUUCAAACAGAGAAAAAAGAAUGAAAAAUGAGUAGAGGCUAAGAGAAAGUGCACCUAACAAAGUAGGUGGACAUAUUUUUCAGUUUCGCAAUUUAUUAUAAAAAGCAAUAGUUAUGCAGACAGAGUUCAGAAAACCUCUGCCUCUAUGGUCAAUUGAUUUUCAUAAAGGGUGUCAAGAAUCAACCAAAGGGAAAACAGUCAUCUGUUUGACAAAUAGUGCUGAAUCAACUGGACAGUUAGCAAAAACGAAACGAUCCCACCUCACUUCAUGUACAAAAAUUACCUUAAAAAAGAUCAAAAACCUAAAUAGAAAAGCAAAAAAGUUUAACUCCUAGAGGAAAACAUAGAGGUAAAUCUUCAUGGCUUUGGAUUUGGUGAAGAAUUCUUAGAUAUGACACCAAAAUCUAGAGCAACAAAAGGGGAUAAUUGGAUUUCAUCAAGAUUAGACAAUUUUGCUUCAAAGCAUACUCUCAACAUGAAAUGGCAACCAGCAGAAUGGUGGAAAGUAUUUCCAAAUCAUGUACCUCAUAAGGGACAUAUCUAGACUAUAUGAAGAACCCAUGUAACUGAAUAAUAAAAAUACAAACUCAAUUUAAAAGCAGACAAAGUAUAUGGAGAGAGAUUUCUCUGAAAAAAAAAAAAAAAAAAAAACACAGAUGCUUAACAAGCACAUGAAAGAUGCUUUAUCAUUCAUCAGGGAAUCAAAACCACUCUGAGACACUACUUCACAUCCACUAGGAUGGCUAAUCAAAAAGUCAGAUAACAGCAAUUUGGUCAAGAAGAUGUAGAAAUUAGAAGUCUCAUGCAUUGCUGGUAAGAAUGUAAAAUGAUCCAGUCACCUUGGAGAACAGUGUUGAUGAGGCAGUUUCUCAAAUGAUUCAUCACAGUAUUACCAUUCAACCCAGUAAUUCCAUUCCUGGAUAUAUACUCAAGAGCAAUGAAAUCAUUUGUCCCCACAGAAACUUGUACAUGAAUGUUAUAACAGCAUGACUCCUAUAACUAAAAGGUAUCCACCAAGGGAUGAAUGAAAUUUUUAAUAUCCACCAGGAAAGAAUAAAAUAUGAAGAAAGCACCGAUACAUGUUACAAUAUGGAUGAACCACAAAAACAUCAAAUGAGAAAAGCAAGUCACAAAAGACCACAUACUGUUGUGAUUCCACUCCUAUGAAAAUUUAGAAUAGGAAAAUCUAUAGAAACAGGAAGAUUAGUGGAUGCUUGUUAGAGUGGUGGGAGGGUGUGGAGGAGUAGGAUUCAUCUGAUAGACAAAAGGUACAGAAUUAUCCUUAUGGAUUGAAUUGUGUGCUCCUAAAAGAUCCUGAAGUUCAAACGCUAGUACCUCAGAAUUUGGUCUUCUUUGAAAAACAAAGUAAUCGAGUGAAAAUGAGAUCAUUAAGGUGGAUUCUAACCCCCAAGGAACUGAUGUUCUUAUGAAAAGGAAUACUCUGACACAGACACUAACAGAAGACAGAGUGAAGACACAGGGAAAAGAUGGCCUUGUGACUAGAAUAAUGCAUCUACAAACCGAACAACUAGAAACCAGAAGAGAACUGCAGUAGAUGGUCAGCUUCCUACAACAGUGGACACAAUAAAAGCAAGACAAAGCUCUUGGACCUGACUGCAAAUUUGUUGCAAUACUGAAGUGGUAUCGCGUGAAUGUCAGACCCAGGUAUGUCACCAGGUACAAGACGGUGACGCAGUUGGAAUGGAGGUGCUGCCCUGGCUUCAGGGGGGGAAACUGUCAAGAAGGUCCCAGAGACCCUGGGAGGAUGCCCCGCCCCACGCCCGCUCGGCCCCGCAACAGCUUGAAGAAACCCACAGACAAUGAACCAAGCCGAGUCUCAGAGCCUAAGAAGACUCUGUCACCCACUCCUGCAGCAGACCCAAGUCAGACAAGAGAUCCAAAACAGGGGCCCCAGGAACUGCAGGAAAAGAAAAUUCAGGUGCUGGAGGAGAAGGUUCUCCGGCUCACCAGGACAGUUCUGGACCUUCAGUCAUCCGUUGCUGGAGUGAGCGAAAACCUCAAACACGCCGUCCAGGAUGAUGCCAGCAAGAUGCUGGCCUCAUGGCUCAGCAACCUGCACCCCCGGCCAACGCCGAACAGCGCCAUGGGUGGAGAACCGGAAACGGUUCAGCCCCCCGGUGUCCUCAACAAUAAGGAGUCAGGAAUGAAGGACAUCAAGUCUGAACUGGCUGAAGUCAAGGAUGCCCUGAAGACCAAGAGUGACAAGCUGGAGGAGCUGGACGGGAAAGUGAAGGGCUACGAAGGGCAGCUCAGACAGCUCCAGGAGGCCGCCCAGGGCCCAACGGUCACCAUGACGACCAGCGAGCUCUUCCAGGCCUACGUGGACAGUAAGAUCGAUGCCCUGAGGGAGGAGCUCAUGGAAGGGAUGGACCGGAAGCUGGCUGAUCUGAAGAACUCAUGCGAGUACAAGUUGAUCAGUUUCCAGCAGAACUGUGAUGACUAUGGGAGCAGCUACCUGGGAGUGAUCGAGCUGAUAGGAGAGAAGGAGGCCAAGCUGAGAAAAGAAAUCAGUGACCUUCAAGCCCGGGUCCAAGACCCUCCAGCCCGUGCAAAUUGCUGUGAUGGUACCAAGCCUGAUGACUUGGGGCCACAGAUCCAGAUGUUAGACCAGAAAAUCGAAAGAGUUGCUGAAGCAACAAGAAUGCUGAACGCACGACUGGACAAUGAGUUUGACCGCCUCGAGGUUCCAGAGCCGGACGUGGACUUCAAUGCCAGAUGGCAUGAACUGGAUGCAAGGAUCAACGUGACGGAGAGGAACGCAGAGGAGCACUGCUUUUACAUUGAAGAAACCCUCCGGGGCACCAUUAGUGGGGAGGUGGACGGCCUGAGGCAGCUGCUUGAUCAGAAAAUACAGUCCCUGGAGGAGCGGCUGGGGAGCGCCCUCCUGGAGAUGGAACCUGCUCCCCCAGUGGCAGCCCCGCCCGCUGUGUCGGGGGCUGGGCACCCGCAGGUCGUGAUGGAGUUAAAGCGCCUGGAGGACCAAGUGCGGGUGGUGGAGGACCUGUGCCUGCAGAGCCUCCGAGGGGAGCCUCGCGCGGGGGAAGACACUUUGCAAAACGGGGGCGAGAUGGUGAACCUCCUGAGAUCUCUAAACGACACAAUGCAGGGGAAGUUUCAGGACACGCAACGCAGCAUCCAGCGACUUCAGCAGGACUUCAGUUUUCUUUCUUCUAGGCUCAACCACACAGAUGACCACUUGAGACGUCUACAGGAUGAGCUGAGUGGUGGUAGAGGAGGGAAAAAGGCUGCAGGGGGUGGAUGGUCCAAGGGGGGUGAGCCGGGGAGGACGGAGGCGCCCCUGCCGUCUCCCCAGGCCCCCCCAGUACGUUGCUGCGAGCAGCUGGAGGGCAGGUGGCAGCAGCUGCAGGACCUCGUCCUCAGCGAGCUGGACACUUGUAAGGAGAAGACGCACGGGGUCCAGAGGGAGGUCUCCGUGGUGGAGGACAGGGUGUCUCACAUGGAAAAGACCUGUAGCAAGCUGGACUCCAUCUCUGGAAGCCUUCAGAAAAUCAAGGAAGGGCUCAACAAGCAUGUGAACAGCCUCUGGAGCUGCGUCCGGCAGAUGAACGGGACGCUCCGGACACACUCCAGAGAGAUCUCCGGCCUGAAGAAUUCCGUCCAGCAGUUCUACAGCCACGUCUUCCAGAUUUCUACUGACCUGCAAGACCUGAUCCGGUUUCAGCCAUCGGCAACGGAGGAGCCCUCAGAAACGCCUCAGCCUCUGCCCCAGGGGAAGGCCCAGGAGGAGGCAGGAAAGCCCUCGAGCCCGGCAGAGGCCCCCACGGAGCUGUCCACUCCAGUGCUGACCCCCCUGCCGCCAGCCAGCACUCCUGUGCCUCCGAGGGACCCAGGACAGAAGCCCAUCCUGCCCAAGAGACGACCCCCACCCCUGCGGCCUGGCUGGACAGGGCUGCCCUUCUUGCCUGGCUCCACAGGGAUCAUCAUGGAGACUGGAGAGGCCGGCCCCCCAGGCAGGAUGCGGGUGUCGGGGCGGGGCCUGCCCCGGGGUGUGGAUGGCCAGACAGGGCAGCGGCCAAUCCCCAGCGCCGAGGGCUAUGCAGGAGCGCCAGGGUACCCCAAGUCACCGCCUGCAGCCUCCCCAGGGGCUCCAGCGCCGUCUCUCGUGUCCUUCUCCGCGGGGCUCACCCGGAAGCCCUUCCCCAGCGACGCCGGCGUGGUCCUGUUCAACAAGGUGCUGGUGAAUGAUGGGGACGUGUACGACCCCAGCACCGGGGUCUUCACGGCUCCCUACGACGGGCGCUACCUGAUCACAGCCACCCUCACGCCUGAGAGGGACGCGUAUGUGGAGGCCGUCCUGUCGGUGGCCAAUGCCAGCGUGGCCCAGCUACACACGGCCGGCUACCGGAGAGAGUUCCUGGAGUACCACCGGCCGCAGGGGGCCCCGCACACCUGUGGGGGCCCGGGCGCCUUCCACCUCAUCGUGCACCUCAAGGCAGGGGAUGGCGUCAACAUCGUGGUCACAGGGGGCCGGCUGGCCCACACGGACUUUGACGAGAUGUACUCCACCUUCAGCGGGGUCUUCCUGUACCCUUUUCUUUCCCACCUCUGAGGCAGCCGGGAAGCGGGAAGGAGCUGAGAGAGCUCGGGAGCUGUAAUAUAUUCAGCGUGUGUGUAGCCGGGGCACGGGGCAAGCUCUCUGCAGACACCCCGCCCCUCCCCCAAGACAGAGGUGGCCGGCGGCGGGGGGAACCACGGGGGAAUGUGGCCACCGCUCCCGUCACUCCGACUGGACAGCCGGACCAGAGUCGGAGGCGCCCCGCCUGCCCCCGGCUCCUCCCCCGUGUCCCCCCAGCCUCCGGCUGGGCUUACCAGGUGCUGACCGCGGAGGCUCCGACUGCUGCCCGCUGGACCACGUCCUCCGGAUGGACAAUGAGGAGGAGCUGCUGCGAGGAGGCAGGCAGCAGAAACUGGUACCCGCCGCGUCUGUCUUCACUGGAGCAGAGCCAUCGCCGGCCGUGUCUUUGUUUACCCUGCCGGCGGGAGAAGAGUUGAAACACUGAAGUGGCACAGGCCACCACAGACCCAGGGUGGACAGUGGGCUGUCCCAGGCUUGGCUCGCCAUCCCUUCCCCACCCCCGCCCCCACGCAGCAUUUGCCUGGCUGAGAGGAUGAUGCAGGAGAGACUGUUGUGUGGCUUGUUGAGGCUCCUUGAAUGACAUGUACGACUCAAGUGCAAAGACAGGGAGUGGCAAUAAAAACAUAAAACACU